AUGGCGCCUCCGCUUCUCCUCGUGGCUUCGGCUCUGGCACUUGCAUGGGCGUGUGGAGCGACCGCCCAGGUCGCGCCGGUGGAGCUCGCGUACACACAGACGGGUGCGGUGCCCUAUUUCCCCUUCUUCUUGUGCGCUCGGGCGCAAGCUUCUUUCAGUCUCGCCCCAGUCGUCACCAACGUGGGCGGAGGCCAGUACUGCUUCACCCUGCUGGCCGUACCUUGCAACAAAACAUGCUGCAAUGUCCCGUUGAAGAAAAUUGAGUUCAACGUGUACAGCAGCUGCUUGGUCCCUGGCGCCUCCGUAUCGGCAACUGUCAACGGUGUUCCCACAGCAGUCAGUCCCUCAUUUGAUCGGCCCCAAGAUGGUCCGCCGGGUAGCAGCAUUCUGCGAGUGACUCAGCUAGGUCUCAACCUGACGAGCAACGGAGCCAAGAUUUGCAUCACCCUCAAACCCAACAGCGCCGGUCAGGGCUGCACCACGCUGGAGCAGCUCCCACCCUCUCCAUCACCUCCGAUUUCCUCUUGCGACAUGUGUAUUGACCUGACGAUUGAUCCAGCCCGUGUGUUUCCGCCGUACCAGUUUGACAGUUUCACAUGUGAAAUAGUGCAGACCUCUAUUUCGUACGAUAUUAACGAAAAGGCCGCCUCGAUGGGCCUUAUGCUGGCGCAAAACUUCUCGGUCGACGCCAGCAAGUGCAGCUCCGAUAAGAUCAGUGUUUGCGGGAAGUUUGCUUCGGAGUCUGAUGCUGCGCAGCUGGAGGAGUGGACUCGAAUUCAGGCGGAGCAGUUUUGGGUGUACUCGUUUGCAAGCGCCUGCACUCCCGUCAUGUACGGCUACUCGUUCCGGAUUACGACCGACAAGUGCAUGGAUGUUGAAAAGUCGCGGACUUGCUCUUUGGUACAGAGCGAUUUUCCUUUUUGCGGGUGCCAACGGAAACGCUACUCGACACCCUUCUACGUGAGCCCUUCGGCGUCGUCUGAGCAAGGCCGUACAAAUGAUACGACACUGUACUGCUUCACCUUGGGCGUCCUUCCAAAUGACUUUGCUCUGCUGCCGGGCCGCUGCAACUCGAGCAGUAAGGUGGCCAAGGUCGAGAUUUGGGCUAACGAGGACCGCCGCGGCAAGCUGCGGGGAUUUCGCCUCUCGACCCCCGACGGCAAGACCAGGUGGCUGUCCCCAUCCUGGGGCGACAAGGGCAGCAACACGGCCAAAGUUUCUGGCCUGACUUGGAACCGGGCAACUGCUAACGGUGCAGAGGUUUGUAUGGAGCUGAAGAACGAUAUCUCUUUGCAAGAGUUUUGCGUGUCUAAUGUCUGCUCCAUCUCACUGUUCGAUGGCCACUCUUCAAAGGCCUGCUGCCCUACAUACCAAUCAGUUGUGGCUUAG